AUGGUUUCAAAGAAGUCGGCAAAGUCGGCGAAGCCCGCAAGCGGCAAGGGCAAGGGAAAGGGAAAGAGAAAGAGAGCUGAGACCUACAGCUCUUACAUCUUCAAGGUGCUGAAGCAAGUGCAUCCUGAAACUGGCAUCAGCAAGAAGUCUAUGAUGAUUAUGACUUCCCUGAUCGGCGAUACCUUCGACAAGAUCGCCUCUGAGGCAGGAAAGCUGUGCAAGUACAACAAGAAAGACACUCUCUCUUCUCGUGAAGUUCAAACAGCCGUCAGGCUGGUGCUGCCCGGGGAGCUCGCUAAGCAUGCGGUUUCUGAAGGGACCAAGGCGGUGACAAAAUACACCGGAAAGUAA